CGUCGCCGUUACGUUGGCAGCGCUUUUGACACUUGUUCGAUUUUUAAAAUUUUGAAGCUUUUGUGUUUGAUCAAUAUUUCGACAUAAAAUCCAUUAAAUUAAUUACUAAUUAAAUUAGCAAUGGACAAAGAGACCGGAACUGAGAAGAAUCCCGAUUCAUCGAUGGCAAAACCAUCAAAUUGCCCUGAAAUCACAAUAAAGGAAUUUCUCGACUUUCUGAAGACAGCCUACCAAGUGCAAGACACGUUAGAGAACCUUCUGCUAGCUAACGGAAUGACUGAAGCCGUUGAUUGGUUGAAAUUAAAAGAAAAUGAAUUGGUGAAACCCAAGGAAAGUGAAACAGACUCAAAAUCAAAAACUGAGGAGAGACGAGAUUUGAUGAGGCGAAAAAGUGACUCUUCUACUGAUAGCAACGAUACCAUUAAAAGAAAAUUGAGCGAGGUGUUAUCAGAGGGGUUGUUGGAUUCUGUUUUGCCCUAUUUGGUGCCUUCGUCGAGUCAGCAGGCGUCAAGAAGGAGCAGUAUGGUAAAAGUGCCUUCAGAAAAGACGAGCCAAGCGGCGGUUUCUGCCACGUCUGUCACAAAGAAGAAGAGUGGAGAGAUUGCAAAAAGCGCAGUCCUUAAGACCGAUUCGGAAGUGGAGAUCCACGUGUGCGACGAAGUGAAAAACAUGAAAAAAGACUUCGUUUGCAACCAGAAGCUCCUUGUGGAAAAAAUGGGUUACUUUGCUGAAGUGACCACUGGGCAGCGCCUUGAAGACAUGGACAUUUCCGUGCAUUGUGACAUCGGUAUUUUCGAGUGGUUGAUGAAAUGGGUGAAGAAAGACUCCUUACUCGAGGAAGAUUGGCCCCAAUUGGACCCCCAAUGCGUUGUCCCCAUUCUCGUUUCUGCUGCUUUCCUCCAAAUGGAACCUCUCCAAAACGACUGUCUUUUAUACUGCCACCAACACAUGAACGAGAUUCUCCGAACAUCCACGAACCUGUCGUGUCUUAACGAUUCGAUUUUGACACGCCUUGCGGCUAUGUACACCAAUAGCGAGGUCGAAGCGAUCAAAGACCGCAAAGAUAAGAUCCAAUCGCGGAUCUUCACGAAAUUAAUUCAGUCGUUGGCGGAGCCUGAAGCGGAAAGCAUGCGUGGUCAUUGGUCGUCGCUGGCGAGGGUGUAUCGAUGUGGGCGGUGCCAACAGUUGAUUGGUCCUUCGGUCGCUACACGUAUACCUUGUGCCCCGCCUUGUAUGCAGUUACAAUGCGACGGGUCUAUAAUAAGCCAACAUGUCAGAGAUCCUUCAUGGAACAUAAACGAUUAUAUUUUGAAAUUGUACAAAAAUUUGAAAACUUGGAGAAAAGUUUAUUGGAGAUUAUGGGGUGACUCCCACUUUUUGUAUUGUUUGAUGUGUAAACGGUACUUCCCCGCACACCAAAUCGGUUGGUGUCGUCACCACCCAGAUCCGCCCCAAUAUUUCACUCUCGACGCCCAGAAAGCCCCACUCCCAGUCGGGAGGUACCCCUGUUGUGGCGAGAGGGCUUAUCGUUUUCAGUUAUUACAGGAUUACUCCGGGUGUCAAUUCCGGGAACACACAGUGAGCGCCAAAGAUGUCCGAGAUUCGGCGAUUUUGACACUUUUGGAGAAUUUCCGGGGAUUGAUAGAGGAGGAGCCUCCACAGUUAAUGUUUCCGGAACGUUUAACUCGAUUGGUUGCACGUGACCCAGCCGGCGAUAGCAAGAAGUUGGUAUGCAAAGAGAAUUUCUGGUGGGAGGGGUUUCAGAUUGUCCCGCCCCGGCCCAAACUUGGACUAUUGGGCCAGUUUGCGAGUCGAGGAGGGGAAGAGGCGGUGCCACAGGAGGAGUCGAGUGAAGGAACAGAGGAGAGUACGUCGGAUAGUGAUGAUAGUGACAGUGAGGGAAGUGCGGAAAGUAAUCCACCACCAAUGCCAGUGAAGAAUCUAAAGAAGAAAAGAAAUAAGCGGGAAAGUAGACUGUGGCAGCAUAAUUUGUCAGCGAGAAGUAACCAAGAUAUACAGAGAGCGUUUGAGGAGAAUGCAGUUAAGGAAAUUACAGCUAUGUUGAAUCGGCGGACGGUCACCAUUUCGGAAGGCGGGGCAAAAAGUGGGAGGUUCUCGCGGAAUGUCACGCCCAUUGGUGGAGUUUGGGUGCGACUGGAGUCCGAAUGGAAGGAAACCCAUUGUGCAAGUAAUAAUCAGCAAAAAGCACGUAGUAUUUUCACCGGUAGAGUUCGUCCAAAGCAGACUAAAAUGUGAAAAGUACCUUUUGUAAACGUUGUUUUCGUUUUCGUUGUAUUUAAUUAAAUUCGAUUUGAAAUAA